AUGGCCUGCAGGAUUUUGGCACAAUAAAAGAGGUGCAUGAUAAGAAAGAAAAAAGUGGGAGUGAAGAAGACAAGAGAGGGGUGAAACCAAAUGGAGAGCAGUGGCAGCAUGAAGCUCACACCAACAACCACCGCAUUCCUCUCUUCUCUUCUCCCAAACCCAAAGCCUCAUUCAAUCCUCAUCCCUUCUUGUUCCGCAUUCAAACCCAAACCCCUCAAAACCCUCACCGUCACCACACCCAAUAAUACUCCCUGUAUUCCCAAAUCCUACGCCGCCGAUGUCUCCUCUUCCAUUUCCGCUGUUACAAACACAACCGCCGCAUCGUCUCCCCGAGACCUCAGGUCACGCCUCCAAAACGGUGACACAC